AUAAAAAUAUUAUAGGACUGUUAAAUGUCUUCACCCCGCAGAAGUCGUUAGAAGAAUUCCAAGAUGUGUACCUGGUGAUGGAGUUGAUGGAUGCGAACCUGUGUCAGGUGAUUCAGAUGGAUCUGGACCACGAGCGCAUGUCCUACCUCCUCUAUCAGAUGCUGUGUGGGAUCAAACACCUGCACUCGGCUGGGAUCAUUCACAGAGACUUGAAACCCAGCAAUAUCGUGGUGAAGUCGGACUGUACGCUGAAGAUUCUUGACUUCGGGCUGGCGAGAACGGCGGGAACAAGCUUCAUGAUGACCCCUUACGUGGUGACGCGGUACUACAGGGCACCCGAGGUCAUCCUGGGCAUGGGGUACACCGAAAACGUUGACAUCUGGUCCAUGGGCUGUAUAUGUGGGGAAAUAGUGCGAGGCGGAGUGCUUUUCCCUGGCACAGACCAUAUCGACCAGUGGAAUAAGAUCAUCGAGCAGCUGGGAACGCCUUCUCAAGACUUCAUGAAGAGGCUGCAGCCGACCGUGAGGAACUACGUGGAGAACAGACCCAAGUACGCAGGAUACUCCUUCGAGAAGCUCUUCCCAGACGUCUUGUUUCCCGCCGAGUCCACGGAACACAACAAGCUGAAAGCGAGCCAGGCCCGGGAUCUCCUGUCCAAGAUGUUAGUGAUCGAUCCCUACAAGAGGAUAACGGUGGACCAAGCCCUGCAACACCCCUACGUCAACGUGUGGUACGACCCCAGUGAGGUGGAGGGGCCUGCCCCAAUUCCAUACGACCACUCCAUCGACGAGAGAGAGCACACAGUAGAACAGUGGAAAGACCUGAUCUACAAGGAAGUGGUGGACUAUGUGCAGAAGUUGCUGUAUGGGAAACUGCCACUUAUAGGUAACUCAGCUUCAGACAGGUCAGAGGUCAAACUCAGCCAACCACAGCCCAGAAAGCGGAAGCUGUCCCAGUCGUCAGACGACACGUCGGUAUGCCGAACGUUGGAUGCGAUACCUGCAGCACGUCCUGACGCGACCCGGACGCUGACCUCCGAACCUUGAACUCCUCUCGUCUGACGCCCGCAGGUACUAAAUCAAGAAAACAAAUUCCACAAGACAACCCAAAAAACUCCGCGAAAAGCUCCAGCAACCCACCUGCCAUGCUUCCGCCAUUUGCUGGUCAACUCAAGUGUACCUACCCACCCCUCCGGAGGGAGUGGUGCGACCCACCGGCGUGUGGUGGAUCGUGCCAUUCUGCAGGGGAGGGGUGAGCUUCCUGCAUGCCCAGAAGAGCUGAAGACAUACUUUGCUGUACUUACAUGUAACUGUGGAUGCUACCCAUGUCUACUUACAAAUGUAGCAAUUACGGUUUGCUGGGACAAAGUCAAACAAAAUGCCCAACGUAUGCUGGAACUAAAUCCCUUAACUAUUGAUGGGAGUCCUUCUUACAUGGUAGUUUAGGGGGGAGGGGGGCUUCUUAGAUUCCAGCAGAGGUCAGAUUGACAUUCAAAUCAUGUUGUGAAAUUGCAGGUAAUGAUUAUCUUAGCAAAUAGAAAACUUCUUACAUUUUGGCUUAUCCAAUGGCAAACACUAAUUUCAUAUCCUUCAGUUGCCAGGGUAACCACCUUCCGCCAUGUUGACCUUGACUCUGCUGUUUGAUAUUUCCAAACAAUAUGGCGGCAUACUCUGCAAGGUCAAACACACAGUUGAUAAAUGGAACCAUCUGAUUGGCUAAUUUUGGACCAGCCCACUUCAACUGAGGGUGUGCAGCACUUUUCCUGAUUAUCGGCGCAAGCUUUAGCUAUCACUGUAGGGUAACUAAAUAUUGAUAAGAAACUAAACUAGAAGUGUUAAACACCAAGCCUAGCAGCAUCAAGAUAGCCUGGGAACAUGUCAUUUGAUGGAACUCAACAAAAUAUCCAGUCAGAGAAAUGGUUGUCUGGGUUGAACAAGAUUUUUUUAGACCACAUGAGCAACUUUGCCAUGUUAUCAUUCUGUUCCCUCCCUUCAGGAUGGGACAGUCCAAAAUCACAGGAUACUGAAAUUUGGACAGGAUUUUGGACUGGAUGAUUUUUACACAUGGCGGUGGAUUUUGGACAGAAUCAUUUUAGACAUGGGGAAGGAUUUUAGACAGAACCAUAUUAAUGCGAGGGGGUUUGUCAGUUUAAGUCCAGAAUAGCAAAGUUCUAUGCAAAUCUGUCCCAGACUUUGUGGGUUUUAGGCUUAUAUUUCAAAUUUGCCCUAAGGUGUAUCUCCUCACAGUCUUAUACAUUUGUAUUUGUGUCAUGAUUUUGGACCAGUCCACUUAGCAAAACAGGGGGGUUGUUCCAGGCUGUCUCUGAUCUGUCCAGGCUUGAUGAUCAUUCAGGGAUAGUGUAUAUUUUGGUAACCAAUAGCAACGAGUUUCCACCAAUAGGGUUAGCUGAAUGUGACUUCCGUGUAAGGCCUCACCAAGUGUGUUAUAUGGGUGACAUCAACGCAGCCACAAAGUCUCACGCAGAGGGGAAAACAAAUAUCAAGACGUGACUGAAGAAACACAGUCCAGAAGUCUUUCGUUUUUUUGUGACAUUAGAUUUUGAAAAAGACAGAAAGUUCCUUUUCGGCAUUCCAAAACAUGCCAUAUUUGAAUGUGUGCCACAGUGUGGCUGCAACUUGCUAAAAUGCAAAAAAAUUAACUCUUUUUA